CUUUCUUUCCUAGACCCUUUCCUUUCCAUCUUCAUAAUCUCCUCUUCUAACAAACGUUGCCCCCCUUUGAAAGUAAUCCCCAACAUGUUACAAACUUCCCUAGUAACAACAGCUUCAUUCACAGCUUUAACAAAAGAGUGUAAAGACUUUGAGGAUGAUCUGUCUUGUUCCAAAGAAUCCCUGACCAUACUUCUAUACACCCUUCUAUAAACUCUAUCAAAAAAACUGAUUGACACUUCCCCCUCUGAGCACACACUACCUAAACUUCAUGGAGCAAUUCUUUUUGAAGCCAAACAGGCCGGCUCUUGUUGUAAGCAGUACAAGCUGAGAAGAACAUCUUCCCAGGACGCCAGAUGAAGAUUUUGGGAUUCUAUUGGAAGCAGCAGUAAUGUAUGAUAGACGAGUUGCUUCUCUGUUGGAUGAAAAAUGAUUCCACUGAUGAAGGGGUCCUAUGGCAGGAGAUCAGUGGUGGAAAGCAAUACUUGUACCCUAGGUUCAGCAGAUUUAGGUGUUUGUCUGCAUACUUCCUCCUCAGGAUUAGACCUUCCCAUGAAGGUGGUGGAUAUGUUUGGCUGUGGACUCCCAGUAUGCGCUGUUUCCUACUCUUGCAUUGAAGAACUAGUUAAAGUUGAGAAGAACGGACUGCUCUUUUCAUCGUCAUCAGAGCUAGCUGAGGAGCUCUUGAUGCUCUUCAGGGGCUUUCCAGCUGAAUGUGAUGCUCUAAACUCUCUCAAGAACGGUGCAUUGGAAACAUGUUCUUCAGCAAGAUGGGCCACUGAGUGGGAAGAACAUGCUAAGCCGUUAAUAUCAGAGGUUAUAUCCAGAAACGUGAACGAAUAAACUCUUGAGCUGUCUUGUGUCAAAGGUUCUAAAACCAGCAAAUCCCUGCCAACUGCCUCUGCCUCUGCCUCAUUUAUUAGUUUAUAAACUCUUGAGCUGUCUUGAGCUGCACCUGACAUGCUUACUCCAUUUUUCAUCCUUUGGUUAGAACACUGUAGAUUAUAGUCUUUAUAGUUCCAAAAAUGAAGGCAAGUUUUGAUUUGAUGCCGAGCUUUGGAUUACCUCGUGCUUAAAGGGUUCAUGACUGCUUCUGCCACUGAAUU